CCCACUCAGACUUCCCAAUUCGAGAAGUCUAACGCCCUCCCCACACCAUCAACCACUUUGAUUGCACCCGCGCCUCACCGCACCACUGCUGGUCUUUGCGAUCCCAGGAAACGGCGCUCAGCAGCGAGAAGCGUGCGACACUCGCUCCGACAUUUUGAACAUUAAGUAAAGGAAGUGAUCCUGUCAACAAUGACCAGACCUGUGCGCCAAUCCGUCAAGCGCGAAGCCUCGUCCGAUCUCGAGAGCGACGCAAAGAGCGUGAGCCAGAGUGAAGAAAUGGCUGCGGAUUUCGUUCCUGGCGAAGAUGUUUUGAAUGAGCCGGAUAGUCCCGACAAGAAGAGCAAAAAGGCAUCCUCGUCUGCUACUAGCACGCCCAAGGGCAAGAGCAAGGGUCAGAGCUCGUUGCCUGCUAGUCCCAGCAACAGCAAGACACCGGCUUCCGCAGCUGCUUUUGGAGACGAACACUGGGCAGCUCUAUCCUACGCAAUGCUGCGCAUCCUCAACGAAAAUUCGUCCAAGCUCAUCCAAUACUCUCCCGAGCUCAAGCCUUGGAUGCCGAAAGGUAGGAUCUUGGUCAAGAUGAGACAGAGCAUGGCGGGAGUUAGGGGGGGUUCAAUCGCGCUGGAACGUUAUUUGGCCGAGCAAAAGGGUGAGAAGAAGAUGGAUGGCGAGCAGAUGACUCCUCAGGCUACGCCUUCGAAGAAGCGAAGCAAGAUGGACGCUUGAGAAGGGCGCGCGAGCGGUGAAACGUGCCGAGAUUGGGGCGCACUUCCAUUUCCC